AUGGCACAGCUGCGCAUUCGUGCAGUCGGUCUGAACUUCCGCGAUGUCUUGAAUGUCAUGGGGCUUUACCCCGGCGAUCCGGGUCCACCUGGUGCAGACUGCGGUGGCACAGUCAUCGGCCUUGGGGACAAUGUGCCGCAUCUGCGACUGGCAGAGGACAUCUUUGGCGAGUCGCCCGGGUGCCUCAGCACUUACAACACAAGCUCCGCAGCCUUACUCUCCCCAAAGCCCACCUCGUGGACUUACGAGGAGGCCUGCUGUAUGCCGGUGAUCUUCGUCACCGUAGAGGAGGCCCUGGGCGACCUUGCGAAGCUGAAGCGCGGCGAGCGAGUCCUCAUCCACGCAGCAGCUGGGGGUGUGGGGCUGGUGGCCAUCCAGUACGCUGCCUUCGUCGGUGCAGAGGUCUAUGCCACUGCCGGAGCAGACGAAAAACAUGAAUUCUUGAGAGGGCUGGGUGUGAAAUACAUCACCAGCAGUAGAAACGGCCAGAAGUUCGAGGAUGACAUGAAGCAGCUCCUCAAGGAGCACGGAGUGGAUGGAAUCGACGUCGUGCUCAACAGUCUCAGCCACGAUGACUACAUUCCGCGAUCGUUGGCCUUGCUCCGCAAGGGUGGCCGAUUCCUCGAGAUCGGCAAGCGUGGAAUCUGGUCCCACGAGCAGAUGUUCCAAGCUCGCCCGGAUGUCAUGUAUGAGAAGAUUGCCGCGGAUACAAUGAUGGAGAAGGAGCCAUGGAGGUACAACGCGUACCUGAAGAGACUCUUGCAGCGUGUGGACGACGGAGGGCUGAGUCCCAUCAACAUGCACAUCUUUGAUGGCAUGGAGAAGGGCGUCGCGGCAUUGCAGUUCCUCCAGAGGGCCAACAACAUCGGAAAAGUCGUCAUCAGCUCGCCGAGUCGCUUGCUCUGCACUCCGGAGCAAAUGCCAGUCCUGUCUGGCGGCCUUGGUGCGUUGGGAGUGGUCACAGCACAGUUCCUGGUCGAGGAAGGUGCCAAAGCUCUGUGCCUGCUGUCGCGCAACGGCCAGCCAGCCAAGGAUGUUGGACCUCAGUGGUCUUGGCUCCAGAAAUCUGCUGUGCAGCUCCGCAUCGAGAAAUGUGACGCUGGAAAGAAGGAGUCCGUGACGGCCUUGCGUGAUGCGCUGGCAGGAAGCACUCUGGGAGGUCUCCUGCACCUUGCUGGGGUGCUGGCAGAUGGGGUCCUGCCAAGUCUCAACCGCGAGAGCUUGGAUAGAUCCUAUGGUCCCAAGGUGCAUGGCCUCUUCAACUUAUGCCGCAUCCUGGAUUUCCACAGAGCGGCGCCUCACUUGCUGUUCUCCUCAACCUCGGCACUCUUCGGAUCACCAGGCCAGGCAAACUAUUCGGCCUCAAAUUCGGUGCUUGACUCCUUGGCUCCCUUCUGGAGUUCGCAGGACCCGGAUGGAGGCGACGUCCUCUGGCGAAAUGCCCGGUCGGUCCAGUGGGGACCCUGGGCCGAGGUGGGCAUGGCGGUGCAGGCAAACACGCUCGGACGCGCCAAGUCCAUGGGUGUCGGUGCGUUGACCAAUGCCCAAGGGCUCGCCAUCAUGAGCAGUAUCCUCAGCAGCUCCAACCUCUUGGUUGGUGCCGUGCCGGUGCGUUGGGGCAAGUAUCUGAAGAGCGCCUACCCGCAAGUGCCCAGCUUCCUCAAGGACUUCGAAGCCGAAGCCAAGAAGGAGGCCGCCGAGGCUCGAGCAGCCAAGGGCGCCCCCGGCGACGGGGCCCUGGGAGCGCUGAGCGGACUCAGCGGCCCAGAGCGCCUGGCGGCUGUUCUCAGCAGCCUCAGAGAUCUGGCGCGGGAGGUAGUCGAUUCUCCUGACCUAGAAGCCGACAAUCCUCUGAUGGAUGCUGGCAUGGAUUCUCUGUCAGGUGUGGAGUUCAGAAAUCGGCUGCAGACGGAGUUCGACGGUGUCAAUCUCCCGAACUCCAUGGUUUUUGAUUAUCCCACGAUCACCGAACUUGCUGGCUUCAUCAAUGGCCAGCUUGGGGAUGCGCCAGAAUCUUCGACGCCAGCCGUAUCCACUUCCGCAGCCCCACAGCAAUCGCAAGAGCCCUUCGUGGAAGCGCUCAACGCGCUGUGCAAUGGAGGCUCCGAGACUGCGGCUAGCAAGCCAGUGUUCCUGGUACCAGGUGCAGGCAUGCAAGCGGGAAGCUUUAGAACCCUCGCCGCGCGCCUUGCGCUGGCCAGCUACGGCCUGAGCUGGCCCAAGAGUAUCCCCAGAGAAGAGUGGCCCAGCAGUCUCAAGGAGCUUGCCGAGCUCUUCUUCUCCGAGAUUCAGAAGGUCCAACCUUCUGGUCCCUACAUUUUGGCGGGGCACUCCUUCGGCGCCAACGUCUGUUUGGAGAUAGCAGCCGUCGCCUCCUCGAAGGGGCAGCAAGUAUCUAUGGUAGUUCUGCUGGAUCCUCGAAGCUUGCUACCACUCCAAGUGGACGUGCAAGCAGCGUUUGCCAAGUCAGGCCUUGCCGAAAGCUUGGCGCUGCUGGCACAGACUCUGCCGGGUGUAGAAGGAGCACGCUAUGCAGAGCUCUUGGAUGCCCAUGCAGGGGACGGAGACGAGGCCAUCAGGAAAGCCCUCAGUCCGGGGGCUUUAUCUUCCUUGGAGCAUGUACAUGAAACCACGCAGUGGUACAGCGCUCUGCUUCAGCAGGGUGAAGCGCCGCCGGCUCUUCCAGACACCAAAGUCGCAGUUCUGCGAGCCCCGGUGGCGUGGAAGUCGGCAAAGGCGAAUGAGACGACUGCGGAGAGGAUUGUGCGUGAGUUCCAAGCUCUCACUUUCCAAGAUGACAAGGAGGUUGCGAGCCAGCUUUCUGCCCUUUCGCAGGCUCCUGAGGUCCUGAAGGUGCCGGGCACGCACUUUAGCAUGCUCCACGAGCCCAACGUGAUCAAAGUGGCGUUCAAGGUCAUUUCAGCUUUGAACAGCAUGGAGGAGGAAGAUGAGGAGUAG